AACACUACAAUGCAACAUUUUAUCGGGUGCCGGUUUGUCCCAAACCAUCCUAAUAACGGUGACUUGCUUGCCUUGCAAGAGUUCGUAUUAGCACGCUCGAAGUAAACGCCGCCUAACCGAUUUAAUCGUUCCGGCGCGCGGAGCUCCGACAGUCUCUGUUCAGCUUCCAUGACUGAACCGCCGCUGCCGCCGCGAUGACGGAGGCCUAUCCUCAGAUCGACCCCACCACAUUCGACCUCAUUAUCGUCGGCACCGGUCUCCCGGAAUCCCUGAUCGCGGCCGCCGCCUCCGCCGCCGGGAAAUCCGUCCUCCACCUCGAUCCCAAUCCCUUCUACGGCAGCCACUUCGCCUCCCUCGGCCCCGAUGAACUCUCUGCCUUCCUCAGCUCCAGCUCUUUCCCUCCUUCCUCCUCCAGCGGGGAGGAUCCGGCAACUGUUAGCCUGACCACUCGACCUCUCUACUCCAAUGUCGAGAUCUCCUCUCUUGCCCCGGAAACCCUCGAGGAACAUGCCAGAAAGUUCAACCUCGAUGUGGCGGGACCGAGAGUUCUUUUCUGUGCCGACAGAGCCAUUGAUGCCAUCCUCAAAUGGAGCACGAACCAUUAUCUAGAGUUCAAGGCGAUCGACGCGAACUUCAUCUGCGUCGAGAAUGGAAAGCUCAUGAGGGUGCCCGACUCACGGUCAGCUAUUUUCAAGGAUAAAAAUCUCAGCUUGAUAGAGAAGAAUCAGCUUAUGAAGUUUUUGAAGAUAGUUCAGCGGCACCUCGAUCCCGAUGAGGACGCGAGUUCGAAGGUGUCGCAGGAGGACUUGGAGAGCCCUUUUGCUGAAUUCUUGGCGAAGAUUAAGUUGCCCCCGAAGAUUAAAUCGAUAAUUAUGUAUUCAAUAGCAAUGGCAGAUCAUGAUCAGGAUGUGGAGGCUUGUAAGAAUAUACUCAAGACGAAGGAUGGAAUUGAUCGUUUAGCACUUUUCCAAUCAUCAGUGGGGAGAUUUCCAAAUUCUCCUGGGGCUUUGAUUUAUCCAAGUUAUGGUCAAGGAGAGCUACCACAGGCCUUUUGUCGCCGUGCUGCUGUUAAGCGUUGCCUCUAUGUUCUGAGGAUGCCUGUGGUUGCUCUGCUUAUUGAUGAGGAGAAUGGUCAAUAUAGAGGCAUUAGAUUAGCUUCUGGUCAGGAUUUAUUCAGCCCCAAAUUGAUUUUGGAUCCAUCAUUUGUUUUUCCAUCGCAAGCAGGAUCUUCACCUGAAGAACCUGUUCACGUAUUUAGUGAGAAAGCUGUGGAGGCAAAGGUGGCAAGAGGAAUAUGUAUUACAAGGUCGUCCUUGAAGCCUGAUAUAUCAAACCUGCUUGUGGUGUAUCCACCAAGAUCGUUGUAUCCAGAGCAAGAUAUCACAGUUCGGGUUCUUCAACUUGGCAGCACUUCAGCUAUUUGUCCACCUGGGAUGUUUGUCUUGUACCUUUCAGCAUUGUGUAAUGAUGCAACUCAAGGGAAGAAGUUACUGAAUACAGCUAUAAGUGCUAUUGAAGUUUCUCAAAUCUCUGAAAGGAAUGCCGGAGUAAAAAAUGAGGACGCAGAAGUAGAACCGCCUUUCAUAAUUUGGAAAGCGAUUUUUAUACAAGAGUUGUCUGCGGGAAAGUAUGGAUCUAUCUGUUCCACUCCGUCUCCUGAUGGAAAUCUCAACUACCAUGAUCUUGUUGAUGCAGCUGAAAAGCUAUUUCAUGCUACAUAUCCAGAUGAGGCAUUCUUUCCCGAGACAGCCUCACCCGAGAACGCUGAUGAAGAUAACUGUCCAGAGGAUGAUGGUCCAUUGGAGGAGGCUUAAUUGACGGUUUUGCAAUGCUGAGUCGCGACUUCACCACCGGAAUAGUUGCAAUUGGGGGCCAACAGUGGAUUUUUGAACUCAAUGGGAUUCCUAGCUAGCGGAGGACUUUAGGGUUUUAGGAUUUUUAGCUUUGAUAAGUAGGACUUACCAAAAAAUAAAAAUAAAGCUAGGACUUAGUUUUGUAAAUUCACACCAGACAUUUUUUUGGGAAUGUGCUGUUGUGUUUGAUUUUAGAGUUGAGUUUUGAUUUUAA